AUGAAACAGUUCUUAUCCACCCGUUGCGUUUGGCUGGGCCUCAUUCUCUUCGUCGACCUUUCGCUCCAUUGUGAGGGGGGGACCCUGCUUCGGUUGAGAGGAGGUGGGAGGGGACUGGUAGGUGCCAUCCGCAAGUCGCAGCGUGUAACGGGGAAAUCUCACAACCUGGGCUGCCUGACCACUCUGCCCUCGGGUUAUGAUUCCAUCAACAAGGCUCGCAUCAAGUACUACAACGAUUACUUUUCAGUGGUGCGGGAGAAGGAGACCCAGGAGGGCAAGAUUGCAAAGCGCAGGUCGAAAGAUUAUGUUCCAGCAAAGCUGCAUCUGAUGAAGCCUGCGAAAGCCAAGAAGUUGAAGACCAUUCACAGACAGAAGAUGAGAGAGCUGGGGCUUCCUCUUUGGUCGAAUCCCCAGAGAGCGAACUAUCUCAAGCAGGUUCGAGAAUCAAGGAGGAAAACGACAAGGCGAUAG